AUGCAGCCAAAAUUAGAACAAGCUAGUAUUGAUACAAUCAAAAUGAUGGAGAAAUUGAAGGUAGAUAAAUAGGAGGCUGAUGAUACAUAGAAGAUUGUUGCAAGAGAGGAAUCAGAAGCUACUAAACAAUAAGAAGAAGCUACCAGAUUGGCUGAAUAAGCAGAAGCAUCUGUGGCUGAUGCAAACAAAACAUUAGAAUUGACAAUUGCUGAAGUCUAGAAAUUGAAAAAGGAACAUCUAGUGGAAAUUAAGAGUUUGGGAUCUCCACCUAAUGCUGUUAAAGUUACAUUAGCAGGUGUUGUUAUAUUGAUGCAAGACUAUAUUAAAUAAAAUGGAGGUGAAAUUAUAUUGACAAUGAAGGAAGGAUAAAUUGGAGGUAAAAAAGAAGAAAACUUUUUCGAAACUGCAAGAAAGUAUUUGUUAAGUGAUCCACAAAAGUUAUUAGAAUAAUUAUUAAAAUAUGAUAAGGAUUCUACUAAUCCUGCUCAUAUCAAGAAGUUGGAAGAGAAAGUCAUACCUCAACCAGAAUUUAAUAUUGAUGCAGUCAAGAACUGUUCUUUUGCUACUAAGUUCUUGUAUAUGUGGGUGAAGGCUAUGUAUGACUACUUUAGAGUAUAUACUGAAACCAAACCACUCAGAGAUCAAUUGAUUGCUAUGAGGAAGAUUGUGGAAGAAAAGACAGCAGAACUCAAGAUAAAGAAGGAGGAAUUGGAAAGAGUUAAUGCGAAAAUACGAGAAUUAGAAGAGAUGUACAAUCAGAAGAUAUUAGAAAAAGAGGAUCUGUAAAAUAAAAUGAAAGAGUGCGAAAUCAAAUUAGAAAGAGCUUAAAAGUUAACUGAAGGAUUAUCAGAAGAGAAGGAAAGAUGGGGCAAGAGAUAUCAAGUCUUUGUAAGCAAAACUGCAGGUAUGGUUGCAUACUCUGGACCUUUCACUUCCCAUUAUAGAACAUAGAUGGAAGGAGAUUGGGUGUUGAAAUUAGGAGUUGUAGGAGUAGCACAUUCUGAAGGGGUCACUAUGAGACAAUUCCUUGGGAGAUGGAGUGGAAGAUUUAAGCAUGGAAUAUCGCUGGAUUACCAAAAGAUGACACUUCAACUGAAAACGGAAUUAUCAUUGAUAAAAGUAGAAGAUGGUGUUUGA